AUGUUGGGCCGUGAGUCACGUCCAGAAACUAAAGAUAUCCACCAAGUAAGUAAAGAUAUCCACCAAGUAACUAAAGAUAUCCACCAAGUAAGUAAAGAUAUCCACCAAGUAAGUAAAGAUAUCCACCAAGUAACUAAAGAUAUCCACCAAGUAACUAAAGAUAUCCACCAAGUAACUAAAGAUAUCCACCAAGUAAGUAAAGAUAUCUACCAAGUAACUAAAGAUAUCCACCAAGUAACUAAAGAUAUCCACCAAGUAACUAAAGAUAUCCACCAAGUAAGUAAAGAUAUCUACCAAGUAACUAAAGAUAUCCACCAAGUAACUAAAGAUAUCCACCAAGUAACUAAAGAUAUCCACCAAGUAAGUAAAGAUAUCCAUCAAGUAACUAAAGAUAUCCACCAAGUAACUAAAGAUAUCCACCAAGUAAGUAAAGAUAUCCACCAAGUAAGUAAAGAUAUCCACCAAGUAACUAAAGAUAUCCACCAAGUAAGUAAAGAUAUCCACCAAGUAAGUAAAGAUAUCCACCAAGUAACUAAAGAUAUCCACCAAGUAACUAAAGAUAUCCACCAAGUAACUAAAGAUAUCCACCAAGUAAGUAAAGAUAUCCAUCAAGUAACUAAAGAUAUCCACCAAGUAACUAAAGAUAUCCACCAAGUAAGUAAAGAUAUCCACCAAGUAACUAAAGAUAUCCACCAAGUAAGUAAAGAUAUCCACCAAGUAAGUAAAGAUAUCCACCAAGUAACUAAAGAUAUCCACCAAGUAACUAAAGAUAUCCACCAAGUAAGUAAAGAUAUCCACCAAGUAAGUAAAGAUAUCCACCAAGUAACUAAAGAUAUCCACCAAGUAAGUAAAGAUAUCCACCAAGUAACUAAAGAUAUCCACCAAGUAACUAAAGAUAUCCACCAAGUAACUAAAGAUAUCCACCAAGUAACUAAAGAUAUCCAUCAAGUAACUAAAGAUAUCCACCAAGUAACUAAAGAUAUCCACCAAGUAACUAAAGAUAUCCACCAAGUAACUAAAGAUAUCCACCAAGUAACUAAAGAUAUCCACCAAGUAACUAAAGAUAUCCACCAAGUAAGUAAAGAUAUCCAUCAAGUAACUAAAGAUAUCCACCAAGUAACUAAAGAUAUCCACCAAGUAAGUAAAGAUAUCCACCAAGUAAGUAAAGAUAUCCACCAAGUAACUAAAGAUAUCCACCAAGUAAGUAAAGAUAUCCACCAAGUAAGUAAAGAUAUCCACCAAGUAACUAAAGAUAUCCACCAAGUAACUAAAGAUAUCCACCAAGUAAGUAAAGAUAUCUACCAAGUAACUAAAGAUAUCCACCAAGUAACUAAAGAUAUCCACCAAGUAACUAAAGAUAUCCACCAAGUAAGUAAAGAUAUCUACCAAGUAACUAAAGAUAUCCACCAAGUAACUAAAGAUAUCCACCAAGUAACUAAAGAUAUCCACCAAGUAAGUAAAGAUAUCCAUCAAGUAACUAAAGAUAUCCACCAAGUAACUAAAGAUAUCCACCAAGUAAGUAAAGAUAUCCACCAAGUAAGUAAAGAUAUCCACCAAGUAACUAAAGAUAUCCACCAAGUAAGUAAAGAUAUCCACCAAGUAAGUAAAGAUAUCCACCAAGUAACUAAAGAUAUCCACCAAGUAACUAAAGAUAUCCACCAAGUAACUAAAGAUAUCCACCAAGUAAGUAAAGAUAUCCAUCAAGUAACUAAAGAUAUCCACCAAGUAACUAAAGAUAUCCACCAAGUAAGUAAAGAUAUCCACCAAGUAAGUAAAGAUAUCCACCAAGUAACUAAAGAUAUCCACCAAGUAAGUAAAGAUAUCCACCAAGUAAGUAAAGAUAUCCACCAAGUAACUAAAGAUAUCCACCAAGUAACUAAAGAUAUCCACCAAGUAAGUAAAGAUAUCCACCAAGUAACUAAAGAUAUCCAUCAAGUAACUAAAGAUAUCCACCAAGUAAGUAAAGAUAUCCACCAAGUAAGUAAAGAUAUCCACCAAGUAACUAAAGAUAUCCACCAAGUAACUAAAGAUAUCCACCAAGUAACUAAAGAUAUCCACCAAGUAACUAAAGAUAUCCAUCAAGUAACUAAAGAUAUCCACCAAGUAACUAAAGAUAUCCACCAAGUAACUAAAGAUAUCCACCAAGUAACUAAAGAUAUCCACCAAGUAAGUAAAGAUAUCCACCAAGUAAGUAAAGAUAUCCACCAAGUAAGUAAAGAUAUCCACCAAGUAAGUAAAGAUAUCCAUCAAGUAACUAAAGAUAUCCACCAAGUAAGUAAAGAUAUCCACCAAGUAAGUAAAGAUAUCCACCAAGUAAGUAAAGAUAUCCACCAAGUAAGUAAAGAUAUCCACCAAGUAACUAAAGAUAUCCACCAAGUAAGUAAAGAUAUCCACCAAGUAAGUAAAGAUAUCCACCAAGUAAGUAAAGAUAUCCACCAAGUAAGUAAAGAUAUCCACCAAGUAAGUAAAGAUAUCCACCAAGUAACUAAAGAUAUCCACCAACCGUCCAUCACUAUAAAGCCAAUAUUCCAGCCGUCCAUCACUAUAAAGCCAAUAUUCCAGCCGUCCAUCACUAUAAAGCCAAUAUUCCAGCCGCCCAUCACUAUAAAGCCAAUAUUCCAGCCGUCCAUCACUAUAAAGCCAAUAUUCCAGCCGUCCAUCACUAUAAAGCCAAUAUUCCAGCCGUCCAUCACUAUAAAGCCAAUAUUCCAGCCGCCCAUCACUAUAAAGCCAAUAUUCCAGCCGUCCAUCACUAUAAAGCCAAUAUUCCAGCCGCCCAUCACUAUAAAGCCAUUAUUCCAGCCGUCCAUCACUAUAAAGCCAUUAUUCCAGCCGUCCAUCACUAUAAAGCCAAUAUUCCAGCCGCCCAUCACUAUAAAGCCAAUAUUCCAGCCGUCCAUCACUAUAAAGCCAUUAUUCCAGCCGUCCAUCACUAUAAAACCAAUAUUCCAGCCGCCCAUCACUAUAUAA